UGGGGAGCCGGGGCGUGGGGACAGGCGGGGCCCGGCCCUAAGAACCUGCCGGGGUGAGGGACCGAGGCGGGGGCGGCCCUCAACCGGCCGGAGUGUGGGGACAGGGCAGGGGACAGCCGGGGCCCAGCGGCCCUUAACCAGCCGGAGUGUGGGGACAGGGUUGAGGGACAGGGCAGGGGGACAGUUGGGGCCCAGCGGCCCUCAACCAGCCAGAGUGGGGGGGACAGCAGGGGCCCAGCAGCCCUCAACCAGCUGAGCUGAAGGACCAGGGUGUGGGGACAGCUGGGACCCAAUGGCCGUGAACCAGCCAGGCUGAGAGACCAGGGCGUGGUGACAGGGCAUGGGGACAGCCAGCCCCCAGACUCUGAACCAGCCAGGGAGAGGAUCUGCCCGUCACUUAGCAGCUCUGUGCUGGCCUUAUCUGUCAUCGCAAGCUAUCAAAGUGUUGCUGGUGUGCUGUACUAGCUCAUGCCUUGGGUUGGGACCUUGUGACAUCCAAAACCCCUGCCCUUCUGUUGCCUGGGCUGUUUGCCCAUCCUGAAUUCCUCCAGACUCACACCACACAGCGCUUUUGAGUUUUAACGUGGUGACGUGAGAACACCUGCAUGUUCUCAUACUGUGCAGUGUGUUCAUCUUUGGUCUAGCACCUGGAGGGGUCCUAGGAAUUGCUUUCUUUCUGUCACACUUCUGCAUGUACAGAAUAAUGUUUCCUAAUACUUUCUCAUGAGAAAGUAUGUACUCUAUAUUGCCCACCAUCCCUCUUUCCAUCGUGUCACUUUUGAGGUACCUGAACCGGAGCUGGCCAGGUUUGUCCUUGGGGAUGUGAGUAGUAGCUCUGGGUGGUGGGGCCUUGUAUGGUCCUUGGGAAUUCCUUGGUCCCUUAACCAGGGACCCUGUCCUGAGAAUUUCUCCUCCCUUUUGAGAGAGAUCCCGGAGCAUGAAAUGUGCCAUCCCACUGGUGGGAGCAGGGAUACCACUGAGGGUUGUUCCAAGUUGUCUCCACCAAGGUCUGCAGUGCCUCUGCUGCAUAGAGCUUUACCAAGCUCCUACUCUGCCACCUUGUCGCCCUCGCCUGCUCACUGUAUGCACUAACAUUGGAGACCAUUUGCAGGUAACCUGAGUUUGUAGGUCGGGGCUUGGUGAUCACUGUUCUUUUUAGCAUUUUCACCAUAUUUGUUUCUUGAAUACAAGCACUGAGCGGCACAGCUACAGCUGCUCUUGUGGUGGCUUCCAGAGGCUUUGGAAGGUGCACACAGAAGUAAUUUGCCUUCACUUCCUUCUGGAUGUGUCAAGAGUAAUGUAUAUUAGAGACAGUCAGGGAGCAUCUAUUUGAAUUCGGUUGCAGAAACUAAUCCUUCCCCAUGUACGUGGAUUUCACCUGCCUGGUUCUACCUUCCUGAUACCAUUACACAAGUGUUAACAGAUUCCUAUGAAACCCUGGGGCCAGGGAGAAACUGUCCCCGCAUGCAGAAACAGAGACACGUAUGUAACAACUUUGCCAGGAGCGUGUAGGAAUCCAGAACCUGAGCCUGGAUACCCAUCAUCAAAGUCCUCUACCUUGACUUUGAGACAUCGUUUCUUCUCAUCACAAGUGUGUGGAUUUUAUGCAUCUGGAUACUGGUUGAACCAUCCCAAUGUAGUAAGAGCCUGUGAAGUUCCUGAGGAGAUGAACUUCCUGGUUAAUGACGUUCCUCUUCUAGCGAUGGAAUAUUGUUCAGGGGGUGACCUCCGGAAGUUGCUGAACAAACCGGAAAACUGCUGCGGACUUAAGGAAAGUCAAAUACUUUCUUUGCUUAGUGACAUUGGGUCUGGUAUCCAGUAUUUGCAUGAAAACAGAAUUAUACACAGAGAUUUAAAGCCUGAAAAUAUUGUUCUUCAAGAUGAAGGUGGAAAGAUUGUUCACAAAAUAAUAGACCUGGGAUAUGCAAAGGAUCUGGAUCAAGGAAGUUUGUGCACUUCAUUUGUUGGAACAUUACAAUAUUUGGCUCCAGAACUCUUUGAGAAUAAAUCCUACUCAGUUACUGUUGAUUACUGGAGCUUUGGAACGAUGGUGUUUGAAUGCAUUGCAGGAUUUAGACCUUUCUUACAUAAUCUACAGCCGUUUACCUGGCAUGAAAAAAUCAAGAAGAAGGAUCCAAAGCACAUCUUUGCUUCUGAAGAGAUGAAUGGGGAGGUUCGCUUUAGUACCCAUUUGCCACAGCCUCACAGCCUCUGUGGUUUAAUUGUAGAACCAAUGGAGAAUUGGUUGCAACUGAUGCUGAAUUGGGAUCCACAACAGCGGGGUGGAGGUUUAGAUCCUGAGACCAGUCGUCCAAAGUGUUUCCUAAUAAUGGAUCACAUACUGAAUUUGAAGAUAGUACACAUCCUAAACAUGACCUCCGCCAAGAUUGUUUCAUUUCUCUUGUACCCCGAGGAAAGCCUUCAUUCCCUUCAGAUUCGGAUUGAGUUUGAAACUGGAAUAAGUACUGGAAAUCAGGAACUGCUGUUAGAAACAGGAAUUUGCCUGGACCCUCGGAAACCUGCUUCCCAGUGUGUUAUUGAUGGCGUAAGAGGCUGGGAUAGCUACAUGGUCUAUUUGUUUGAUAAAAGCAAAACUGUCUAUGAUGGACCCUUUGCUUCUCGGAGUCUGUCUGACUGUGUAAAUUACAUUGUACAGGAUAGUAAAAUCCAACUACCAAUUCCUCAGCUGCGCAAGGUAUGGGCAGAAGCAGUUCACUACGUGAUUGGGCUAAAAGAAGAUUAUAGCAGGCUUUUCCAGGGCCAGAGAGCUGCCAUGCUCAGUCUUCUUCGCUAUAAUGCCAACCUAAUCAAAAUGAAAAACAAUAUGGUGUCAGCAUCUCAGCAACUGAAAGCAAAGCUGGAAUUUUUUCAUCAAAGCAUUCGCCUUGACCUGGAGAGAUACAGUGACCAGAUGGCUUAUGGCAUAUCUUCAGAGAAGAUGCUCAAAGCCUGGAAGGAGAUGGAAGAGAAGGCCUCUCAGUGUGCCCAGGCUGAAGAUAUCGGGUAUCUGGAUGAGCAGAUCAUGGCUCUGCACACAGAGAUUGUAGAGCUCCAGAAGAGUCCAUACGCAAGGCGCCAAGGAGAGGUUAUGGAGAGCUUGGAACAGAGAGCCAUAGACCUGUACAAGCAAUUAAAAACAAGACCCCCAGAUCAUGCCUACAGUGACAGCACGGACAUGGUGAAGAUUAUUGUGCAGACAGUACAGAGCCAAGACCGAGUUCUCAAGGAGCUUUUUGGCCAUCUCAGCAAGCUCUUGGGCUGUAAGCAGAAGAUCAUUGACUUACUUCCAAAGAUUGAAGAGGCUCUAAAUAACAUCAAGGAAGCUGACAACUCAGUAAUGCAGAUGCAGGGCAAAAGACAAAGGGAAAUAUGGCAUUUGCUGAAAAUUGCUUGUACUCAGAGCUCUUCUCGAUCACUGGUGAGCUCCAGCCUGGAAGGAACAACCUCGACUUCAGCAGCCACGUGGCUUCCACAGGGCUCCUCAGGGAGCAUACCUCACCCCCUGUCAUCUAUGGCAACUCCUGAAGAUGGGGAAGAUUUUGCCCAUGUGAUAGAAGAGAAUCUGAAUUACCUCGAACUGUUUAGCAGUAUUUUGCAGGAGGUGAGACAGGAGCAGAACAGCAGCAUGAUGAGUUUUGAUUGGAGCUGGCUCAAAUAGCUGCAGGAGCUGAUGUGCUGCUGUCUGCAAAGUGCCUGUGUGCUGAGAGGUGGCUUGGCGGCCUUCAAUGUGACAAGCUGGAGAGGACUGGUCCGUCCAUCACCUUGUGUUUUAUAAACCUCAGUGGAGCUGAUCACAAAGGUGUGAUGGUCGGUGGCAGAUACACCACUGGCAGCACCAAACAGCGUUUUGCAGGCUGUUGUCUAGUUGGGCUUUCGACUAAACGAGUAACCCCCGUGCUGGAGCCACCCGCGGCACCCGCUGCCCUCGCCUACGGGGCACUGUGGGCAGCCGGCCCUGCGCGGCCUGGGCAGGCAGUGGGAGGGCAGAGGCUGGCAGCUGCUGUAGGGCCCGGGCCCCGCUGCCGCCGGCCCUCCCGCCUGCUCACGUCUGUAAUAUGAAUGUAUAGAUUAUAUAUAUUUUAAAUAGAGUCGAUUGCAAUAAAUGCUGUGGAGAG